AUGGAUCUCUACGACGGAACAACUAACCCAAGACACCAUCUCAGCAAUUUUAAAAGUCGGAUGUACCUAGCCUACGCCUCUGACACUACUCGUUGCAAAGCAUUCUCCCCAGGUAUACAUGAAGCCACCACAGGCUUAGAUGUUGAAGAAGGGCAAGUUUGCAAGCUAGAAAGGUCGUUAUAUGGGAUUAAACAAGGAAGUAGACAAUGGAACCACAUGUUACACUCAGUAUUAGUAGAAGCUGGGUACACCAAAUCUGCAUUUGACCACUAUUUGUUUACAAAGGGGACAAAAUUUGGUUUUACAGCAUUGCUGGUAUAUGUGGAUGAUUUGGUGAUAACAGGCAAUGAUGAGAAGGAAAUCAACCAAAUUAAAAGAAUCUUAGAUGAGAAGUUCAAGAUCAAAGAUAUAGGAGACCUCAAAUUCUUCCUAGGAAUGGAGGGUACAAGGUCGAAGAAGGGGAUUGCUCUCUAUCAAAGGAAGUAUGUUAUGGAUCUUUUAAAGGAGACAAGGUUCGAAGAUUGCAAGCCUGCGACUACACCUUUAGACUAUACAGUGAAGCUGUCCAGAGAAAAGGAAAAACUAUUGAAGGAUCACUCGGGUUAUAGAAAGCUAGUUGGGAGGUUGUUGUACUUAGUCAACACCAGACCAGAUAUCAGCCAUGCAGUGAGAAAACUCAGUCAAUUUUUGGACUGUCCAACCACCCAACAUAUGCAGGCAGCACAUCAUGUGCUCAAGUACCUGAAGGGAGCACCGGCAAUAGGAUUGUUCUUCACUUCAGAGGUAAAUUACAAUCUGACUGGAUUCUCAGAUUCAGACUAG